CCUGAAAUGAAAGCGUGUUUCUUUUCAUUUCCUAGAAGGUAAUCUUCACAACCCAGCUUUAUUUGAGGGACGAAACCCAUUGGUGUGGGAGAUGGCUGAGGAGUAUCUGGAGAUAGUGCAGAAGUACCCCUGUCCCUUGUCUUAUGUCAGGGCUCAUCUCUUCAAGCUCUGGCAUCACACGCUUCAAGUUUACCAGCAGCUGCGUGAAGAAUUAGCAAAAGUGAAGACUCUGGAGGGAAUCGUGGAUGUCAACAGGGAACUGAAACUGCGCUGCCAGGAAGAAAUAGCGAAUCAGAAGGAAGGAGAGAAGCCGAAAGAGGGGUUGCCUUUUUUCCACUGGAUCUGCCAGCCAUACAUCAGGCCAGGGCCAAAAGAGAGAUGCAAGGAGAAUGGAACCCAGGGGACUGAAAAAGGUGUGCGGGGGAAACGUUCUCUGGAAGAGGAAGAAGAUGGAAAUUCUGAGCUUCUGUCAAAGAAUAAGCAAAAAAAGAAGUUAAGGAAUCCAAAUAAAAGCUUUGACCCAUCUUUAAAACCUAAAUAUGCAAAGUGUGAUCAAUGUGGAAACCCCAAGGGCAAUAAAUGUGUGUUUAACAUGUGCCGAGGCUGCUGCAAGAAAAGAGCUUUCAAAGAGACAGCAGACUGUCCAGGUCAUGGAUUACUUUUUAAGACCAAAUAUGAAAAAUCCCUUCUGUGGCAGAGCAGUCAAAGAGCAAGCCCAGAGCUCAGUCAGAAAGGAGAUGUGGAUGGGGAGGAGACCGCUGUACUGAAGGAGGCCGAUGACAGUGCAGCAUGAAGCUUUGGAAAUGAAUCAAGAGCUUCUGCCAGGCCUUUGCUUCCCUGGGCCAAAGAACCUGCCAUCUCCAGAGCAGCAUUGGCUGUGGAAACCUGUUCCACAGGUUGAUUUUAAGUCCUGGCCAAGUGUUAUUUAAGUAAAGAACUGCUUACUCAGGGAAUUCUCCUGCAUUUGAAAUAAAAAGAAUGCAACUGA